GCGGAACUCAACACCAAGGCGAUCAUCCCAGCAUUUAUUCCCGGUAAGACCAUCCAAAAUGGCAGCUAUCCUCAAGAGCGUCGUCAUAGACCGCGUCCUCGGCGACCGCAAGAAGAACCUGUUCAACCAAGAGGACCCCUACUUCGAACCCGACGUCCCCGGCCAGAAGCGCAAGAGAAAGGGCAUUCCCCCAGGCUUAAGUGAUCGCGACGCAAAGAUUCUUAAAAAGGUUAGAAGAAAGUCCUACCGCCUCGACCGCUCCAUUUCCUGCAUCUGCUGCUCCUUCCGCUUCGGCUGGUCCGCAAUCAUUGGCUUCCUCCCCGUAAUCGGUGACGUCCUCGACGCCCUCCUCGCCUACAACGUCAUCAAAACCGCAUGCGGUGCUGACCUCCCUCCCCAUGUCGUCUCCCAGAUGUACGCCAACCUCGCUUUCGAUUUCGGGAUUGGCUUGAUUCCGAUUGUAGGGGAUAUUGCGGACAUGAUUUUUAAGUGUAAUACGAGGAAUACGGUUUUGUUGGAGCAGGUUUUGAUUAAGAGGGCGCAGGACAAUAUGGCGAGGCAAGGAGGCAGUGGAGGGCAUAUUGAUGCGCCGCUGGAGAGUCAUGGGUGGGUUGGAGGGAGGAAGAAGCAGCACACGGAUGCGCAUCAAGGACAGGUUGGCACGGGUUCAGCGGCUGCUGCGUCGAGUUACGGGGCUAUUCAGGGAGGACAGAGCGCGGGGCAGCAGCAGAUUGACGGUGUUGUGUAGUCCUGGACGGCAAAAAGGAUCAGCGUGUACGAUAGGUGCCUACAGAACUUUGGAUACACACACGAUAGGAUAGGACAUGCCAAUGUUGAACGUUCAUUAAUGCUACUCCAUACCAAG